GUUUAAUUUUUUGACCGUGUUUUUGACCUUAUUUUGUGUUUUGAAAUUGAGAAACAGAGGUGAAAGGACAGUGAGUUUUAUUGUCAGGCGUUGAAGACAAUCAUGUGUAUAAUAAUUUAUUUUUAACACAGAAAGAGUGAAUUGUUUCUAAAGCUUGUGCCAUAAUGGGUGAUUCUAAUUUUCGAGCCAAAGAUAUUGGCUUCCGUGCCCAAAAGAAAUUGCUGAGUCGCAUGGCAAAUAAGAGUAUAGCCAAAGUGUUCAUUGAUGAUACAACAGGAUGCCUUUUGGACAACCUCUACCGAUUAGGAAGGAGUGUGUCUGGAAAUAAAAAAGAAGCUGAGAAGGUGGUGAAAAAUAUUAUAAAGAUUGUGAUCAAGAUUGGAAUUUUAUAUCGCAAUGACCAGUUCAAUCAGGAGGAGCUGUGGACUGCUGAGCAGUUUAAACACAAGUUCCAUUCCACUGCCAUGGCAAUUAUCAGUUUCUUUGAAGUGGAUUUUUCAUAUGACAGAAACUUUCUCCUCCAAGCACUGAAUGAAUGUAGAGCACUUCUGAAGAACCUGGUGUCCAGACAUUUGACUGACAAGUCGAUUAACAGGAUUGACCAUGUCUUCAAUUUCUUCGCCAAUCCCAGUUUUUUGGAUGAUGUUUUCAGUCGAGACAGUAGCCAUAAAGAGCUUCUGAGCAAAAUAGUUUCUGAUAUGCAUAAGUUAAUGGAAGAUGGUUCCCUUUAAUGAUAAAUAUGUUUCUUUUGGGGGCAGAAGCUUACUUUUGGUAACCAAAACUGAAUUCAUCCUACUUUAUCUGAGAGUGUCAGAAAAAUUUCAGUCCUAGCCUACUGAAAAGUUAUUACAUACUUAUGAUAACAAUUUUCUUAUAUUUUAAAAUUGUAUUUUACCCAUGGAAUGUUCCCAUUAAAAAAAAAAAAAAAAAUUCAGGAUACAGUUUGUAUAUUUUCUUUCAUUAAAAUAAGGUUAAUUCAUGUGUUAGUCUUAAUGAGAAAAAGGUAGGGAGAAAAUUCAGGAUUUGUAUUACAUCAUUAGUCUUAGAUGAUAAAUAAUGCAUUUUUACUGAUAUAUCUUAAGAUCAAGAUCAAGUGUUGGAAAAAAUAUUCUAAAACUGCCCCUGCAAAUCUUAAAUAUACAUAGGAACAAAUUCAUCUCCUACCAUUAAUAAUGUUCUUUGCUUAUAUUGAAUCUUAGAAAUUUAACCAAAAAGGAGGGGGGGGGGCAAGACACCAUAGAAACUAUUAGAUGAUAUUGUUCAUCUGUUUGAUCCCAAGGUUCUUUUAGUAUGUAAUAUUUAUUGUAUUGUCAUAAAAUUUGGCUUAAUAUUCGCAUUGAGUAAGCUAAUUUUUGUGGCAAAAUCUUUGUUACCCUCUGAUGUUUCUUACUAUUUUCUAAUGUUGCCAAUUGUUUGAUUUACAUGAAUUUUUAAAAAUAUUUUAUGGAAUAUUUUGUACAGUUGUUCAUAAUUAUUACAUUAAAUUCUAAAACUUAUUGAAAAUGUUUUCUAUGGAUGAAGUUGUGCCAUAGUUUAUUUUUGAUACAUACUUCCUAAUAAUUUUUAAGCUUUACAUGUGUGAUAUUUGUGUGCAUUUAAUUUAGUCAUAUCUUCUACUUAUGCAUCUGAAUAUUUAAGGAUGGUAUUUCAACAUUUCAUGUAUUUGUAUGUAAUCACUUAAAAUAUGCAUUUUCUUCAUUAAAAACAAUGCAUUUUUCAUUAUUUUAUUUAAUAACAGAAUGAAAAUAAAUUUUUUCCCCAAAUAUUAAUGGCUUAAUUAAAAGCUGUAAAUAUUUAAAAAAAAAAAAAGAACUGGCAGUUGUAUUAUUAUUAUUUUUUUUUUGUAUUUAAAUUGUUUUGUACUAUUUAAAAAAACAAACAAAAAUUUUGUUAUAAUAACAAAUUUGUUAUUAUAACAAAAGCUUAAUUAAAUUAUUUAUUAAAUUAUUUUAUGAAUAGUGUUAAAUUUAGUCACUUUUUUUACCAAAAUUAUAUCAGCAUAGCAUAGAAAUCUUAAUGAAGUUGAAAGUCUAUCUUCAGAAAGUUUUGUUUUAAAUGGAUUUGCAUUUGUGAAUUUCAACAAUUUUUAGAGGAGCACUGAAAGUUUUUGUUAUAUAGUUAUUAAAUAUAUAAUUUUCAUACUGAAAUCGUUGUGCUUUUGUAAGAGUGAUUUCUUUAAUUGGAUAAAAAUGAUUUUAGUGAUUUUAUUACAAUCCAUUUUUAAUAGUUGUGAACUUUACAAAAAUAGCUAGAUUUAGCUUGAGUGGCCAUCACUAAUGCACAAAGAUACAAUUUAUAUUGAUGUUUUUCAUUUAUAUGUUGAAUGUGUAGGAUUCAUAUAAGUAUUGUUAUGCAUAUUUUACUUUCAUUAAUAUCUGAAAUACAGUUAAUUAUGGAGUUUCCUCAAAAAUAUUGUAGAAUUUUUUUUUUUAUAAGUCUGUGGAAACAAAAACAUUCAACAUUUUCAGCCUUUUAUUUCAAUCUGUGGCUUCAAAAAACAUAUUAAGUUUCAUACUUAGUACUAAUUUUGAUAUUUUAAAGACUCUGUUUAUUUCAGAAAUAAAUUGUUUCCUUUUGUGAAUACCAAUUUUCACACAUAUUUUAUAGUUCAUAAUUAUGAUUUAUAUUUUCAAUGAUUAUUAGUGUAUAUUUUAUAAGGUAAAGAGAGCUUGUUGUUUUGAAAAAAGUUUUUUGUGUAUGCUGUGAUUAAUAUGAAACUUAAUGCAUUUCAUGAUGUGAUAUUUUCCUUUGCUUAAUUAUAUUUUAAAAAGGUGAAAACAAAAAAAAAAAACUUUCAGAUUUGCUGAUAUUUCAUGUUUUUUAAAACACCUUAUUCGUCUUUAUUAAUGAUUUUUUUAUGAAUUGUUAUUCAAAAAAUACUAUGACAAAAUAUCAUAAAUGUAUUAAGAUUUAAGUUGUCAAUUCAAUUAACUGAGGAUUAAAUAAAUUCUGUGGAAUAUUUUUUUCCUUGUUACUAUUAAGGUCAAGUUUAUAAAUUUAUAUAAGAAAAUGUGUGAUUUUCUAAUUCCUUUUGUACAUUUUUAUGAUAGGGAAAUUAUUUUUCAUAUUUAUUUAUGUGUAGUCAAAAAUUAUAAAAUUCUUUUUAAAUUUGUGAUUUGCUGAAAAUUUAUGCUUUUUUUUAAUACUUUUUUAUGAAUACUGAUAUUAUAUAUUUUAAUAUAUUUUUUGAUUCAUCUAAAUAUAGAUUUAUAAUUAAGCAUUAUGGAAAUUAUGUAGAAUUCUUAUAUACGUAUGUUUUUGUAUUGCUGAAUUUAAGAGUUGCGCAUGGAAACUGACCAUUUCUUUUCCCACUUUCUUGUUGUCUUGACUGAUUUUUCCAUUGAAAUUUUAGAAUAUUAAAACUUGCUAUUAUUAUUUAUAACUAAGUUUUUAAAUGCCUUGUAUUACUUUUAGACAUAGUCUUUAGAAUAUGUGAUCAUAAUUUGCUAUUGUUCUAUUAUUAAUGCUUUGAUUUAUAAAUUAAUUGUAAAAAAAUUGUAAUUUUUUUUUAAAAUCGUGUUAUGUUAUUGAAUUCUUUUCAUUUUUGUGUUAAACUAAGUGCCAAUUACUUUUAAGAGAACAAACUUUUUCUAACUUGCUCUAUUAUGUUAGAAUCAAGGUCAGGUAUUUGUAUUUUUCAUAUAAAGCAUUAAUUUAAAUCUUUUUACAUUAAAAGUAAAUGUUUUAACCUUUUUUACUUUGAAAAAGUUAUCUUAUUAUUUAUUAGGAUCAAUAUUAAGGGGAAAUAAGCUGAACAUGUCUGUUCUUUAUAUUAUAUUUUGAAAAAAAAAAUUAUUAUAUUAUUAUUGUACUUCGUAGUCAUUCCUUCAUGUGUACAGUUUGAAAAGUGUUGCUCAAUAUUAUUCUGGAGCAUCGAAAAUUUGAACAAAUUGUUCUAAGCAUUUAAGUGUAAAAUGAAUACUUUUUAUUGCUUGUUGCACUUUUAGGUGUUUUUUUUAUUUCAUAGUUUGCAAAUUAUUCUUUUAUUUUGUUAUGAAUUUAUUUAUUGUUCUUGUGACUGUGUUAUUUUUUUAGAUAUUUUUGGUGUGAAAUUGGUUUAUAUUUCCUUUUUAUAUUGUAUCAUCUCUCUUCUUGUACUUUCUAUUUUGAUGUUUGUGCAGUUUUAAUGCUUAGAUACUGUAAUAUGGCUUUGUAGUGUUGUUGGUAUUUUUUUAAAACUUUUUUUGAAAAGUCUUCCAUUUUAAUUUUGUAUAACAAUCCAUUUGAACCAUAUCCAAAAAUAUUUCAUAUUUGAAAGCGACUUUUGAUGAUUUUUGAAUCAGAAUGGCUGAAAUUGCUUUUUUUUCCAUCAGCAAAUCAAUAUUAUAAAUGAAGAAAAGAAAAAAAUUUUGAUGCUCAUUAUCAAGAAUCUUUUCUUUGUCAGUCUUUACAUUCAGUAACAUGAUUGUUUUAUAUUGUUCUUUUUUUAUUUCUUGUAAAUUCUAACUUGAUGAAUUUAAUCAAAUUACAAAAUUUUAUAGAAUUAUUCUAUGCACUCCAUUCUCUUCAAUUUACUUAUAUAAUAUAAUAUAAUGUUCCAUAAGUUAUAUAAUUUCAGCUUUAUUAGGUUGGAAAUAUUAGGUGUAGCAUUUUCUGUCUUAAAACAUUCCAUGUAAAAAUGGCUAUGGCUAUUAACUAUAUGCUAAUGCUUUAUGAUAUUACAUUAAGUAAUUAUCAACUUAUUUCUUUCCUCUUUUUUAAAUUUCUACUGUUUAGAUUUUGUUUUUAGGUUUGACCUCACUGAAUUCCUUAGCUGGUUGAUAGGAUGCUGUUAUAGUGAACUGACUAAUUUCAAUAUUUUAAAUUCAUAUUAAUGGGCUAUUAAAAUUUGUAUUUUUACCUUUUUAGUUUAAUGUUCAAUUAUAAUCUAUAAUGUGGAUUUGGGAUUAUUUUUCUUUCUUCAGUUUGUUUCUGUCUUCUUUUCAUUCAUUAAAUACUUUUUUAUUAAAAUUAAACAGAAAAAUUUUAAUUGUCAUACUUAUUACAUAUUAAAUUAAAAUUAUUGUUUUUUUAUUAAUUAUGUUCUAUUUAUUAUAAAAUUAUUAAAGAAUAUAUCUUUAUUGCCAUCUUUAAUUUAAAAAUUCUCAUAAACUUGUUUUGUUGUAAAGCCUAUUUUUAUUUGUGUCUGAUCAGAACCUUGUAUUUUGAAAUGUAGCUUUUUUUUUUUGUUUCAAAUUUGUGAGUAAAUCAUAUUUUUAUUUUAUCAUUUCUGGAUUAGCUAAGUAUCACAGAAAUUUUAAAUUAGAGUAUAACCAGUACUUCAUUUCUUUCAUACCUUAUAGCAGUCCAAAUGAAAACUUGUAUUUUGUAGAAAAGAUCUAAUUUUGAUUUGCUUUAUCAGUCUUCCAUUUAAAAAUGACUUGAACUUUUUGAAGAAGAUUUCUGAGCUUGUUUAUCCAACUUCUUCUACACCAUGUGAAGAUAUUUAAGUCUCAACAAUGUAUAAUUUAGCCUUUUAACAGUAUUUCACAUAAUAUGGAUCAUACUGAUCUACCAACAAAAUGUAAAUAGUCACAUAUAUAAUAUGGCUAUUUACCCAAUGUUUAAUAAAUGAAUAAAUGCUUUUUUUAUUUCAUUGAAAUAUUGCAUUUAUUGCUUGUAAUAAGAAUUAUUUACUGAUUGGUAUUGCAUCUUGAAUAAUUAGUCUGCUUGAAAUAUUAAUUACUACAGUGAUUCAAAUUAUGCAAGUAAUGCAAUCUGAAUAUCUUCGACGUGAAUUUCAUGUUAAUUGAAUUUGUAUUUGAAAUCAUUGAAGUGUGAUUGUUUAUUACAUGGGAAUUGCAUUUAAAAUUUCUAUUAAUGUGGGUAAAUUCAGUUGCCUAUUGAAUGAGGAUUAAAAAUAUUAAUUUGCUGAAUAUGUUUUUCAUAAUUAAUUUACACAUGCUAAUCCAUUAUCAUUUAAUAAAAUACUAUAUCUGUGAAUUUUCCAUUUCUAUUCAAGAACAAAAUUCCUAUUUUUUAUUAAAAGAUAAUCUGUAAGUUUAUAGCAUGAUUUAGAAUCACUAAUUAUGUUUCCUUUCUUAGAAAGAAUUUUACAGAAUUAAAUAAAUGUAGUCAGGUAAAGUAAAAUGAAUUGGAUCUAAAACAUGAAAACACAAACAUUUAUUCCAAAUUUAACUAAGAUCUAAGCAAAUUUAAUCUAAAAAUGAACUUCUUUAACAUACAAACCAUUGCAGUGUUUUCUAGAUUUAUUAUAUGAUUGUGAAUUCCAUAAAUGGGGAUGGCUGUUGUCUGUAGAAUAAUGAAAUAUAAUUAUUUAUUUAAAAUAAAAGUCAACUUUUAGAAACUUGUCAAUAUUGUUGGUAUAAUAUAUUCUUUUGAAGCAAAACCAAUUUUUUUGCAUGACUUAUUCUAAUUAUUUGACUAUAUCCAUUUUUCAUAUCAAUAUUUUGUUUAUUGUUUUAGAUUAUUUUUGACUCCUUAUUUUUGUGAUUUUCUAGACUUGCUGAAUUGAUUUCAAUAAUUUAUUAUCAUCAUUUACUAGGAGAUUUAUAUGGCCAAUUAUAUUUGUUCUCUCUUUGUUAAUUUCUUGGAAAACUGCACAUUUCCAUAAGUUUCUCUUCAAGCUUUCUUUUCUGAAUGGAAAUAAUAUAAAUAAAAAAAAUUCAGCAUGCAUAUCUGACUACUAAAAUACAGGGUAACUACAAAGACUUUUUUUAUUUUUAAUCUUUCCAUAAUUUUAUUUAGAAAACACAUAAAUUGAUAAAUAUGUGUAAAUUAUAACAAAUUGUGGUGUAGAUACUGAAGUUUAUUUUUCUUGAUUUAAUCUUUAUUUAUCUAUAUAGGCACCAAACUCCUUAAACUUAAGAUGUUCUAUGGCAUGUUCUCAUUAACAUUGUAUUAUCAUGAAUGAUAAAAAGUGGUCUUUUUUGUUUGUGUCAUGAUGUCUUUAACAUAGCACUAUAGAAUAUAUUCUUGACAAGUAGACAUUUAACAACUUAUGUUUUUAUCAACAAGUUAUCUGAAGUACACAAAUUUUAUAAUGCCUGGGAGCACAAGACAAACUUUAUUAACAUAUCUCAUCGAUGACUUUUAUGAACUGGUUUAGAAACUUUGUAGAUCCCUGUAUAUAAAAUUCUUAUGUUCAUUUCUGUACUGUUAAAUUCUUAAUGAGAGAUGUAAUAUCAAAUGAAAUUAGCAAAAUUAUCCUUAAAUAGUCUUUAUCUUUUAAUUUCUUCAUCUUUCCUUAGUCUUAUUAGUUAUAGUUUAAAAUUUCUUGUGCAGUAAAUAUUCUUACAUUAAUUAGUUUUAAUAUCACUGAAGGUAAUGCUGUGAAGUUAUCAAUAUUUGUUUCGAAAAUAUUUUACAGUCAUUAUUGAAUUCAAAAAUAAUCUUGAAUUAAUGAAUUAUCCAUAUUUCUGUUCAAUUUAGUUGAAUGUACUCUAUUCAUUAUUAAAUGUAUUCAUAGUUUUUGAUAAUCUUGUAACGAGUGAAAGGUGUUAUUGUAUUUAGAAUCAUAUUUUAACUUUGAUGUUAUAGAACAGGAGUUCCCAAGGUUUAAACAUUGUGACUUGCUUUUUUGAAAUCGAAUCUCAAAUGAUCCAUUUCAUAUUGAACACACAUAAUUUCUUUUCUGGGAGGAGCAGCAUUACUCCUUCUGAAAGAGAUUUUGAAAGCAAAGAAGGAACUUUUGGGAAGAAAAAUAUUUGUUAUUAAAUAUUAUUUUACAAAAACAAAAAAAAAAAAAAAAAAAAAAAAAAAAAACUAAUUUGUGUCUAGAUGAAGAUUUUAAAGCCCACUUUACAUUUUUUCAAACUGAAAAUGAUAUAUAACAUUUACAAAUUUUGUCGUACUUCAUAAUUUGGGAACUCCUUUUUUAGAGAAUUUUUGAGAUGAUUUCGUUUUGCAUUUACUUAGCAAUAAGAAUAUACUCUUUUUAAGAAUAUAUUUUAUAAAAUUUUACAUUCAAACAGUUUUUAAUGUAUUUUUAAAGAUUUUUUUGUACUUAAAAUAUCUUGAACUUUUUACCUGUCCAUCCAAGUAUAUCUUUGCAAAUGUAUAUGGAUUAGCGAGUCCUCAGUAAAGCGAAGUAGCUUUAUGAACCUUUACAUGUGUAUUGUAUCAUAAGCAAUAAACUUUUGUAAAAAUUAA